AUGAAGACAUCUAAAAAGAAAUAACUCAGCUGAAAAGUAAACACAGUGUAACCUCUCAUCGCUCAAGGCCACUCUUUGCUAUUUAGCGACAGAAAGCUCCUGCCUGCAGACAGAUAGCAUCGGAGCCCAAACAACAGCGUGUGAACAGAGACGGUCUCACAGAUUCAACAUGGUGUCUUGGUCUGUCCUCAUUCUGGGGGCUUUCUGUAUCCCAGGUCUGCUCCAGGUCUGCAGUAUGGAGAAGCUGCCAAGAGAGGUGGUGGUGUCCUGGUUCAGGGAGCGGGUUCUGGAAGGUCUGGGCCUGUUGGAGCCUCCGGUACUUGCUGUACAGAGAGCAAAUCGGGAAGGAGCAAAGCCAGAGACCAGGCAUUGGCAGGCGAGGGUCCCCAGGACUAGCAGAGUGGUCCGGGUCAGUCAGCAACUCAGACCGGGUCAAGACAGAUCCGAAGUGAUUCUCUUUCCAAGUCCAGAUGCCUCCUGCGUCCUGGCUGAUGCAGAAGCGAGAGGAAACUGCAGCAGUACACCGUCGUAUCGCUUCCAGCCGUCCAUUCCCUUCCAGGACACCGUAGUAUCGUCAGCUCACUUCUGGUUCUACGCCGGCCCAGCAGUGAACGCCUCGCUGCUGUUCAUGCUCACUUUGGCGCAGCGGCGACUCCAGGCGGCCCAGGCUCCCACAGCGCUCAGCCCCGACGGCUGGACCACCUUUGACCUGGACGAGAGCGUACUAGCUCUUAUGGCUGAGGGCCCCUUUCUGCUGCAGCUCCAGAGCUCAGCAGGUCAACACCACCUGACGAACCCAGAUAAGACGCCUUUUCUCCAUCUCCACUUUCAGCCCAGAGUGCCUGUCCGUUCCCCCAGAGCGGCCCCCGUCAACAUCCCCUGGUCCCCCGCUGCCCUCCGCCUCCUCCAGCGGCCCUCCCAUGAAGAGCUCCAGCUCGGGGACUGCCGCAGGGAGCAGGUGGAGAUCAGCUUCCAGGAGCUGGGCUGGGACAGCUGGAUUGUUCACCCCAAGGUGCUCACCUUCUUCUACUGCCACGGGAACUGCUCGACCUUGGGCCGGACGGCCGCCCUGCUGGGCAUGGCGCAGUGCUGCGCGCCGGUUCCGGGGACCAUGAGGUCCCUAAGGAUCACCACUACGUCUGACGGCGGGUACUCGUUCAAAUACGAGACCCUGCCCAACAUCAUACCUGAGGAGUGUACCUGUUUCUGAACAUGAGGGGAAGGACGGGCUGAAUGGGGGUUUGUCUGGCCGGUCACUUUAUAAGGGGAAAGUGGCCGGUUGGACAGAACAAGAUAAUAUUAAAAGUACUUUAUAAACAAAAUAUUUAGGUUUCUCAGUUUUUAUGGGUGUCAAUCAAAAAAAUGCUUAUGCCAUGUUUAGACUUCUGUCUUUUUCCAUGG